AUGCGCGGUGACGCACCCCCGCCGCGUUCUCCUUCAGUCUGUCCUCUCGCGCUGCACAGAAGCUCCGUCGGGGACAUCGACACGGCAAACACGAUCAUGUCUGAGAAAGGACAGAAGCAGAAAGAGACGCAUGUGAAAGGAAGCAGUGAGAGCUGCCAUCACUGCAAGCCAAAGACAUGCGCAAACAUGGCCGUCCCUCCUGCAUACGCUGACCUCGGCAAAUCUGCCAAAGAUAUCUUCAGCAAAGGAUACGGUUUUGGAGCUGUUAAGUUGGACCUGAAGACCAAGUCUCAGAGUGGAGUUGAGUUCUCCACCGGUGGCUCCAGUAACACAGACACCGGAAAGGCGGCUGGACAGCAUCUGCUAAUGAGAUGUGAUUUACAAACAGUAUUUAGCCCUUUUGAAGUUAAUUGUGUUGUUUUGUAUGUGUGUUGCAGUAAUGAUGGCACAGAGUUCGGCGGCUCCAUCUAUCAGAAGGUGAACGGUCAGUUGGAGACGGCGGUGAAUCUGGCCUGGACCGCAGGCAGUAACAACACACGCUUUGGCAUCGCUGUCAAAUACCAGCUAGAUAAAGACUCCUCCAUCUCUGCCAAAGUCAACAACGCUAGUCUGGUUGGAGUAGGAUACACACAGAGCCUCCGGCCAGGUGUGAAACUCACUCUAUCUGCUCUGAUCGACACUAAGAACUUCAACGCCGGAGGGCAUAAGGUGGGCAUGUGCUUCGAGCUGGAGGUGUAACGACGGACGGACGGAAGCAGAGAGGCAUUAAUGGAAAGAAAAGAAACGCAGGGAGCUGACGGUACGACUUCAGCACCUGCGAAAACACAUCGCCCUUUCUCCCCGUAAUUCCUCCUUAACUAAUCUGGCCUUUAACCCCCGUAGAACCAGUAAUAAACAGGAUCACCAGUCACUUGAUUCCUUGCCACACCAAUCCUCCAUCACCAGCUCAAUAUGUGACAUCACCACGACAACAGCUUCCUCUCGGUCACUAUGGCAACAUAUCACAGCACCUGUAAUGUUACACACGUGGCACCAUAUCAAUUUUUUUUUUUUAAACUAGAUAAAUAUUGAGGUUUUGGUUUCUGAACAGUCGCACAGGAUCUGAUGUGUUGUGCUUUUAGUUCAAGGGUUUAAUGUUUAAUUAGAAACGCCUCUCUGAAUGUCAAGCCCCACACUUUCUUUAUAACGUUCGUUGCCAAAUGCAUAAUAUUUUAUCAUAAGUUUGUUGUCUGUGUUUGUGGGCUGGACUUAUUAGAGGACGGUCCAUUACUUGUUUUUAUCCCCGUAAAAAAGUCACUUAUGUUAAAAGCGGAGGACUAGAAGAAACUGAUGUUGUGGAACUCAAUAAAGAGGAAUGUUGACUGAA